AAAAUGAAGCCGAUUUUUUGUGGGAAUUUUGAAUAUGAUGCUCGACAGAAUGAAUUGGAGCGCCUGUUUGGUAGAUAUGGGAAAGUUGAUAGGGUCGAUAUGAAGUCUGUGAAAUAAACUUAUAGUAACAAUCAUAUAUCCCCCUGCAAGAAUCAAAACUGGGUCUUACAGCGGAAAGGAAAUUCAACCAUGGCAUGUCUGCAUCUGUAGCCGUGGCACCUCAGAUGUGCUGUUUCAUCAGCAGUUUGACCGAAUAAUCAUCUGGCUACAUUUCUCAGUGGCAGGAGUCUUCCUUGUUGAGUUACUGUGGGGGUUCCGGAUACGUUUAAGAAAGAGCAUGUAUUUUUUGACGCAUAAACCCCCAUACUCAACAUUUUCUUUGACGCAGGAUUAUCUUGGGAUAACCAUAAUCCUCCAGGCUAGUGGAUGGGCUCUUCAGAAUUCUGUUUCUUGCUUGUGAUGAGCUUCCUCUUCUUGUUUUCAAGAAGAGUCACUCUGAUCGGCAAUUGCACUACCGCCAUCCCACGUUUUCCAGUCACAAUUGCCUUUCAUUCCUCAUGACCUUCGCCCAGCCCUCAAUCACAAUUGAAACACUGCCAUCCCAUGGCAGGGGCAGCCGAUUAGAUGGAGAAGGCACUCUCUUUACAUUGACCCACCAUGAGACAUCCAUUUUGGAUUCUUGUCCCUUGACAUCACUUAGUUCAUUUUGCAAGGUCUGUUACUAUUUUUAUUGGUCCCUUAGUUUAUAGAUUUCCCUUAGGUUGCCUCACUGUUUAAUUAGGAUAGUAUUUAGGUGGUUUGUAUAUUGUCGAAAGGAGCAAUGCCGUCUCUUAUUGAAGAAUCCUUGUACGGGGAAUUCUUACCUUUGUUUGGCAAAAAUACAUGGCAUUUGUUGUCAGUUCAGAAUGUUGUACUUACUUCUUUACAGGGUUUGCUUUCAUCUAUAUGGAGGAUGAGAGAGAUGCUGAAUAUGCCAUUAGGGGACUUGACCGAAAAGAAUUUGGUCGAAAAGGACGCAGGCUUCGUGUUGAAUGGACGAAGGUAGCAAAUCAAGAACGUGGUGCUAGAAGACCUGGUGCAUCAAGAAGAUCUUCGACUAAUACAAGACCUUCAAAGACCUUGUUUGUUAUAAAUUUUGAUCCUUAUCACACAAGGACCAAAGAUUUGGAGAGGCAUUUUGAUUCAUAUGGGAAAAUUGUCAGCGUAAGGAUCAGAAGAAAUUUUGCAUUUGUUCAGUAUGAGUCACAAGAGGAUGCUACCAGGGCAUUGGAAGCUACAAACAUGAGCAAGCUGAUGGAUCGAGUUAUAUCGGUGGAAUAUGCAGUUCGUGAUGACGAUGAAAGAGGAGAUGGAUUUAGCCCUGACCGGAGAAGUCGUGAUAGGUCUCCAGACAGAGGCCGUGAUAGAAGAAGGUCCCCAAGCCCCUACAAAAGAGAGAGAGGUAGCCCUGAUUAUGGCCGAGGCCCUAGCCCUGGUCCCUACAGGAGAGAAAGGGGUAGUCCUGAUUAUGGACGUGGAGCAAGUCCUUAUAGAAGGGAGAGAGUUAGUUCUGACUAUGGCCGUGGGCGCAGCCCAAGUCCAUAUAGGAGGGACAGGUCUGAUCAUGGCCGCAUCUCCAGUCGUAGUCCUAGAAAAGAGAGGGUGAGUGGUGACCGUGUUCGUGAUCGUACCCGUAGUCCUUACGGAAGAGAGAGGCCUGGGGAUGACAAUGGCCAUGGUCCCAGUCGUAGCCCAUAUAAGAGAGAUAGGGUCAGUCCUGAAAAUGGUCCCAGACGUAGUCCAUAUAAGAGAGAACGGGAUGGUCCAAGGGAUAGUCCUGAAAAUGGCCGUCUCCCAAGCAGUAGUCCAUAUAAGAGAGAGAGGGUCAGUCCUGAACAUGGUGGUGGCCACAGCGGUAGUCCUUAUGAAACAGAGAGGGCCAGCCCGGAAAAUGGUCGUGUCGCAAGCCCAAAUUCUGCGCCUGAAGCUAGGGAUAGCCCCAAUUAUGGCGGGCCUGAAAGCCCCAUGAAUGAGAGAUAUAGCAGCCGUUCGCCCCAAGCUGAGGAGGAAUGAUAUUGAAACUUGAGAUGCUAUUGACUUUGUUGUUCCCCUGAAAACCACCGCGGAAUCAAAUCGUAAUGCAACUUUGUAGUUUCUUAUAGACUUUUUCAUAUUUGUAGCUUCUAGAUUCUUUCUGCUCAAAAACUUAAUGAUGGAACUUAUUAUUUUGUUAUUGAAGGAGAGUUGUAACACAGAA